GCGGCUAAACCAUUGUCAAUAACACCAAAGUAGACCAGACCCCCUGCACUAAUGCCCUCUCUGCAACUCUCUCUGAGUAUCUCUCCACUCACUGACCCUACUCUCUCUCCUCAACCCAAACCUCAAUCUCUCUUGCUCGUGCCACACACCCCUCUAAGACCCAAACACCUCCUGUGUUGUCUCUUUGCCACUGCAAAAAAUGCGAUUAUCGUUGAAGACCAAGACGCCGUCGUUAAUGGAAGAGUGGGAGCCGAUACCAGUGUUCCGGCGGAGGAAGACUUAUUAUUGCCGGCGGGGCUCCAGAAAGAGUUCAUGCCGAAGCACGUGGCGGUAAUAAUGGAUGGAAACAGAAGGUGGGCCCGGAUGAGAGGCUUACCAGUCGUGUUGGGUUAUGAAGCGGGUAUUAGGGCAUUGAGAAGGGUUAUGGGUCUGUGUUGCAAGUGGGGGAUUAUUAGGGUUCUUACUGUAUUUGCAUUUUCAUCAGAUAACUGGUUUCGACCAAAAGUGGAAGUUGAUUUCUUGAUGCGCUUGUUUGGAAGAGGAUUGAAAGAUGAGCUCGAGAACUUUGUCAGAAAGAACAUUCGGAUUUCUGUAAUUGGGGAUUCCUCUAAGCUCCCAAAGCCCCUUCAGGAAUUGAUAAUGGCUGCAACAGAGACCACAAAGAACAAUUCAGGACUCCACCUCAUUGUGGCUGUUAAUUAUAGUGGGCAGCGUGAUAUUGUGCAAGCUUGCCAAAGCAUUGCUUUGAAAGCAAAGGACGGUCUUAUUGAACCCGAAGACAUCAAUGAGUUUCUUAUUGAACAGGAGUUAGACACACGUUGUGCGGCCUUCCCUCACCCUGAUCUUCUAAUACGGACUAGUGGUGAGCUUCGAGUAAGCAACUUUUUAUUGUGGCAGUUAGCCUACACCGAACUGUUCUUUACACAAUCACAUUGGCCUGAAUUUGGAGAAUCUGAGUUCUUAGAGGCUUUACACUCCUUUCAGCAAAGGCAAAGACGGUAUGGUGGGAAAAAUACUUGAUCUUAAUGUUCUCUACCAAGACUUUCUCGUGUAUGUGAAAUUAAGUAUGCAAAGACACAUGGAGAUUGUGGAUGCACUUGGGAACAACUUAAAGGAACAAUAAAUUAUAAGACGGCUGGCUUUCGUUGGAAAUCACUGAAGUGAUUCCCAAUAUAACUAAAUACCUGCUUUUGGGAAAGCUGAAAUUGCUAUUCAAUACUGUUGACAAAUUUGGGAGUGGGAAUCAUUCAUCACCAGGAGUGAUGCUGUAUAACUCGUCUGAAAACAUCUCGGGUUCUUAUAUUACCCUGGAACUCGAUAUCUGCUGCAGAUUUUUGGAGGGCACCUUUCCAAAUAAUAGAAAAAUUUCCUGCUUUUUUUUCCAUUUUAAACCCUCAAUCUCAGACUAAUGAGGUGUCUUCAGGCCAACUCCAUUGUGUAGACCUCUGUGGACCUCGUUUGGCACCAGGACCAAGAAACAUUGGAUUGGUAAGAACACCAUUUGUUGGCAGAGUAUCAGGUGUUUCAUCUCUCUGCCGAAGUAUACACAAUAUUGCAUGCGAUAUAUGCUAAUUAGCAAUACAAGUGUUGCUGCUUUUCUGUAACUACCGAGGAAAGUUAUUGAAAAUAUCAUGCGAUGCACAUUUUCAAGCUUGAUCAUUACAGAUAACGAUUAAAGUCUGCGUUCUAGUUAAAUGGCUUGUAGCUUUCAGUAUCUGUUUUAGGACUAUCUGCAAUAUUACAACUAUUUUGCUUGUAGUGUUUUCUAUCAGUUGCUUCAUCUUCAAAGUAACAGCAAAUUUGUAUCUAGGUCUCUCCACAUGCUGGGGUAACGUUGCGUACUUCUGACCCUUCUCAGGCUCCAAAAAGACGGGAGUCUAAUUAGAGAAGCCAAUCCUCUCUCUGUUCAUGGAUCUGACUCAUUCUACUCUGUUAGUACAGCAAAGGAUUCUUGGAAGUAAUAUCUCUAUGAUGCAAUUGCUUCCAUGACAGUAUCUGGAUAAAAUAAUAGUUGGCUUCCCCAAUCACAGUUAGGCAAAAGUGGUGGAAACAUCUUUUGUCUAAAUCAAAGUUACCUGAAUUCAAAAUAGAUCAUGACAUAAUCUGAAGAAGAUUUUGUUAUAACAAGUCUAUGCUGCAAUCUUGGUCUACUGUAAGGCAAGAAAUUGAAACGUGAGUUAUGUCAAGAAGUGACACUUAACGGCCAAACUGCAGCAGAAGAACAUCCCAGUAAAUGGAAGAAAUGAGGGGCCAAGUAUAAACUAGUAAUACUCAGGAUAAAUUCCAACAAAAAUUUUUCAGUUGUAUUCAAGUUUUGGGUUAAAGGGCGGGCUUGGUGCUAUGGUAAAGUUGUUUUAUUGUAAUAUAAAAGUCACGAGUUUGAGUUAUGGAA